GUCUCCGAGCUCUCAGGAGCUAUGCUGUGCCUCUACGCUAGGGUUUGUGGCAGCGCAGCGAAGAUCCGGGGCGCUCUCCACAUCGGUACGUCUUUCAAGCUGCGGGGAUCCCGAGCUCCAUUCUCCGCGGCGAUCGCCUGAUCCGGACGGAGCGGCGCGAGAGAUCGGAGGGGAGCGACAAGAUGGACAAGGUCGCGGGAUGGGUUGGAGGAAGCCUGGCGUCGGCAUUCUUCGCGUCGCUGGAGCGAUCGUCGUGCGUGACCUUGUCGACCACGGACACGGACGACGAGGAGGAUGUGCCGCUCGAGGUCCGGGUGGAUACCGGGCACCAGAGCAGCGCGUCCUGCGCGGAUCAUCAGGGCUACAAGCUGGGGCUCGUCGGCCACGACAAGUUCGUGAGGAGCAAUCCCAUGUCCGAUCGCUUCGGUGUUCUUGGCUUCCACCACGUCGAGUUUUGGUGUGGCGACGCCUCCAACACCUGGCGGCGAUUCGCGUGGGGGCUGGGGAUGCAUCUGGUGGCCAAGUCGGAUCACAGCACAGGGAAUCACACGUACUGCAGCUACGUGAUCAGCUCCCGUGAGCUCGUCUUCGCCUUCACUGCUCCUUACUCGUCCAAGAAGGCCGACCAGGAGCUCAGCCAGAUGCCACACCCGGGCUUCUCAUCGAGCGACGCACGGCGGUUCUUUUCCAUGCACGGGCUGGCGGUGCGAGCGGUGGGGCUCCUGGUGGAGGAUGCGGAGGAGGCUUUCCGGAAGAGUGUUCUUGGCGGAGCUCUGGCGGUGUUUCAGCCCCAGGAGCUCGCGGACGAGGCCACCGGUGCGAAGGCUGUGAUAUCAGAGGUGAAGCUGCUCGGGGACGUGGUGCUGAGAUACGUAAGCUUGAAGGGAUUCUCGGGAGCUUUCUUGCCGAAUUACACGCCGGUGGAGAGCCUCCCGCUCACUUCCGGGUUUGUGAGGCUCAGCUACGUUGCGGCGAAUGUUUACAACCUUCUCGACACCGUCAACCACAUUGUCAAGUUUACGGGAUUCCACGAGGUGGCCGAGUAUACGACGGACGACGUUGGGACCAAAGACAGCGGCUUGAACACCAUGGCUCUUGCGAGCAACAACGAGACGGUUGUUUUUUCGCUGAGUGAGCCGACUUACGGGACCAAGCGCCAGUCGCCCAUUCAGACUUACCUGGAGCAGAAUGAAGGCUCAGGGAUCCAGCGCUUGGCUCUUCAGUGCGACGACAUUUUUGGGACUGUGAAUGAUAUCCGUGAUAGGAUCGAUGCUGGUGGCUUUGAGUUCUUGCCAGCUCCUGGUCCCGAGUAUUAUGAUUCCAUGCGCGGAAAGGUUGGCAGCGUUUUGACUGAAGAGCAGAUACUUAAAUGCCAAGAGCUCGGUAUUUGGAUCGACAAGGACGAGCACGGCAUUCUCUUACAAAUAUUUACCAAGCCCGUAGGAGAUAGGCCCACCCUGUUUCUAGAGAUCAUCCAGCGUUUUACUUCGAUCGAAAGCCAGAGUUUUCAGGCGGACAAGUUCGAUGUUGUUGGGAAGGAUAACUUUUCGGCACUGUACCGAUGCUUGGAAGAGUAUGAGAAGACUCUGGAUGCAACACGGCAGAUUUAGCAAUGUAACUUACUGGUUCGUCGACAAGCAGCAAUGAGCUACUCAAGUAAACGCUGUGCAUCCCCUUGGACGUUGGGUAGGAUCGUUUGAUUGGGAGGAGUAUUUCAAACUUAAAUGCGGGGGUGGCAGUUCAGCGCGAAUGAGCAGAUGCAAAUAUGUGUUACGAAAUUGAAUCAGAUGGUAAUGUGGGA